AUGAAGAUUGCUUCAUUCAAUGCACAGAGGUUUGGACUGACUAAGGUCUCAGAUCCAGCGGUCCUGACAAGCCUGGUUAAGAUUGUGUGUCGAUAUGACAUCAUAGUUAUUCUGGAGGUGGGGGAUGUGACUGGAGAUUCUGUUAGAGUGUUAGUGGAAGAGCUGAACGGGGUCAGCACCACCCAUCACUAUGCUCAGCAGCUCAGUACCCGUCUGGGAAGGAGCAGGAACAAGGAACAGUUCCUGUUUCUGUACAGGGACGAUGUGGUCGACCUUAUCGAUUGCUAUCAGUAUAAGGAUGACCAGGUCGAUGAUGUAGAUGCAUUUAAAAGAGAGCCCUAUAUUCUCUACUUUAAAACUCAUAACACAGGUCAAUCUUUGCCCCUACUGAAGCUUAUGGUACCUGGUUCAGUUAGAACAAGGAGUUAG